UGCUUCUUUUAAUCAUAACUAAAGAGACUACCGCCGAACGCAGAAGACGAGCGCGCAAGAAAUUCAGUGUUGGCAGCGAAAGAGAUGAGCGUGGCGAACGUGCACACAAUCGCGUUCAGACUGAAUUAAAUCAAAUUUAUACCAUGAUUUGCGUGAGGCGCGGUGGUGCAUUUUAAUUUCCGAGUUUGCGGUGUGUGAUAACUCGUCAGUGAAGGGUGGAGAUUUUACCCCAGACGCAUAUAAAGUGAAAUUUUUAGUUUUCGAUACCGUUUUUUAUUUUUCGCCAAGCGAAGCAUGAUGGAAUUAAUUACAAGAACGAAAUUAAUGAUACAGUUGCUGGUGCUGUUCGUAAUUAGCGAACGCGGCAGCAACCUAAUGGUGGGCACAGACGCAGGCGAAAUCCGGCGCGCCUACAUCUCACCCUACGACACCAUCAAUAAGGUCUCGCUCACGCAAAAGGCUACAUCCAGUUCCUCAAGUAUCUCGCGGACGUGCCGCCGCUGACCGAAUUCACGUUCUGCCUGUGGAUGCGCAGCGACAACCUCAACUUUUCGCAUCCGUUGUUUUCAUACUCAAGAAAUGAAAGAGACCGACUGAUACGAGUUUGGGUCAGCGAUAGAGGACUCUAUGUAAACAUGGCGAUUCUCGAGCAGGAUGUCUUUAAAAUCCCGAUAAACGUCAAUGAAAACCACUGGAAUCAUUUCUGUCCAUCGUGGAAUGCGAAAACAGGCACGUGGAGCUUCUACUACAAUGGAAAACUCAUCCAGACAGGGUUAAACUACAAAUUAAGAGAUGUAAUCAUCCCUGGUCAAGGUGACAUUGUCAUCGGUCAAGAAUACACCGACUUCGAUAAAGGGCUAGACGAUGGAGUUGAAGGUGAUGUCUACGCAUUCAACUUCGUAGCUUCAUCAACAACCCCACCUAAGCAUCUCUACCAGCAAAAAACCAACAACUACCGCCGUCAAAUGUACAUCCCUUCAUAUUCCGAAUACGUCCUGAAGCCCACACCACCAUAUUAUCAAAGUGAUACCCCUACGGUGGUGGGUUACUUCACAACUACAACCCGAGAACCUAAGGGUCUAAUGGAUUUCGGGCAAUCGAUGCUUAAAAAGUUGUAUAAUUUAUUCGACAUGCGUGAAUUACGCUCAAAACUACGAUUUCCCUAUGAACUCUUUGGUGGGACCAAUAAUAAUGUCCAAACAGUGCAGAUUAAAUAUGGCGGGCCAGUAAAACGCGCCUACAAACAUGGCGGACAUGAUUAUAUGCUUGGCAAUGUCGUAGAGAGUGCCGAUAAGACUCUGGGAAUGUUUUUGGUUGAGCUCAGUUAUGAGAAUUGUGUGCUGGGACGAGGUGCGCCGCUUGUGGAUGAAAAAGUCAUCGUCAGCUGGACCAAGACGCCUGUGCGCGUGUUCGGCGGUGCCAUUUUGAAGACUGUCAUGCCGUUCUGCCGAAAAAUGUGAACGCAAUCAACCACAAAACGAAAAAUCAGAAUAUCUAGGCAAAUGUACAUAAAAUAAUUUAACGUAGGCAACACACCGUACAAUAAUACAUGUUUAGUGGGUAGACUACGUCCAGCAACCAGAUAAUGAAUUAUUUUAAUUUUAACGUUAUUUAAAAAUGAUCUGAAUAAUAAUUUAUCUAAGUAGGUUAACAACUACAAAUUUAAUUAGAGUUUAAACGCAUCUUCAUUAAUAUCGUGUGUAAAUUGUAAAUUGUGCGCAUCGCAGCCGAAUUCCACUCGGCGUAUUAAUUAAACCGCACGACAAGCGCAAUAAUGUCAGCGCAUUAACAAAUGUGCAAGUUCUUCUGGUGCUUAGAAUCCACAUUGUUGCGGUUUUAUGUGUUAUUACAUUAUUUAAGCACCAGCGCGAGAUGUCUAACUACACCAGUAAACUGGUUGUUAAAUUUUUAAGUAAACCAAAUAUAUGUGUUCUUUGUUU